AAGAAAAAGAAUUUUGUAAAAAUAUUUGUUUUUUUUUUUAAAUUUUUUAUUUUUUAAAAAUUGAAAAUGACAUAAUAAGAGGUUCUCUUCUCCACUCUCCUAAAUAUUUUCAAAGAAACAAAAAAUUACAGAGAAAGAAAUUCCAUUUCCAUAAUUUGGAUUGUUAGGGUUAGGGUUAGGGUUAAGAGUCUCUAAAGGUUUAAGCUUUCUCCAUAAUUUCAGCUAUGGCAGCCACGACGACGACGACGUCGACGGUUGCAGAAUCGGAGCAGAGCAAUGCUAAGCCAGGUUUGAGGAAACCCGUUUUCACAAAGGUCGAUCAAUUGAAACCCGGAACCAGUGGCCAUACCCUUGUUGUUAAGGUCCUCACUUCCACCACCGUCUUACAGAAAGGCCGAUCGGUGUCUCAACACCUUCGUCAGACUCGAAUCGCUGAGUGCCUUGUUGGGGACGAGACUGGAACCAUUUUGUUCACUGCCAGAAAUGAUCAAGUUGACUUGAUGAAGCCAUCUUCAACUGUCAUUCUUCGCAAUGCGAAGAUAGAUAUGUUUAAGGGGUCGAUGAGGCUAGCCGUUGACAAAUGGGGCCGCGUAGAGGUAACCGAGCCAGCUGAGUUCGAGGUGAAGGAGGAUAACAAUCUGUCUUUGGUUGAGUAUGAACUGGUGAAUGUUAUGGAGGAGUGAGUGAUCUAAUUUAUUGGUAUAUGAUAAUGCUGUUAGUAUUAGUAUUUAUCUAUAAAUAUAAAUAUAUAAAUAUUAUUUAGUGGAAUAUCUUGUUUUGAUUUGGUUGUUAGUAAUAAUCAAAACCAGAAAGAAAUUAAGAAAGAAAACUGAUUUUGUUAGGGAUCUAACAAGGGGAAUUGUGGAAUUUGUAAACAAGUAAUUAUAUUAUUAAAGAAAAAGGUCUCUUUGGUUUA